AUGGUUGUAGUGUGCAAGGAAUUGUCCAAUGGUGUGCUGUUCCCGGCAGUGAAUUUGGGUACAUGGCAGCUACAGGCAUCGGACGCGGGUGAAGUGUUUAGCGCAUCGUUUGCGUCUGGUUGUCGAGGUUUGGAUGGUGCUCGAUAUUACACGAAUGAAGAAGAGCUGGGCCCAGUUUUGAACCAGUAUUGCGAGGGGGCCGGUGCGGAUGGUCGGGUAGACUUGAAGAAGUUUGGUUCGAUGAAUACUGAUCAUGUUCCGGCGAGGUUCAAGGUCGUUACGGAUGAUGAGUACAACGCGAAUUUUGUUCUACCCCAUGGUAAGCCGUCGGAUGACCGUCGCAUUUUUGUUACGACUAAAAUAUGGCCAAGCGACUUUGAUAGUGAAGAGAAGAUACGAUCAUCUGUGGAAGCGCAUUUGAAGGCAUAUAAGAGAGACCAAACCGACCUCAUUCUAUUGCACUGGCCUGGUCCUCAUUGUAACCUGCCAAACUUUACUGAGGAACAAAUGAAGGACCCGAAAAAUGCGGAAACCCGCUUAGGUGCAUGGAAAGUGUUGGAGAAGUUGUACCGGGAAAAGAAGACACGCGCUAUCGGAGUAAGCAAUUUUAUGCCCCAACAUCUGACGCCCCUGAUCGAGGAUAUAAAGAAGAGGGCUGCGGAUAUAACCGCACCCUCUGUUCCUGUCAUGUGCAACCAAGUUGAAGGGUCGCCCUGGAUCCAGGGCUUCAGAGACAUUGUAGAAGUUUGCGACAAUAACAAUAUUGCCAUCUCCGUUUAUAGACCCAUUGGAGGACGCAGAAGACCUGAGAAAGGCCCCAUUGUCGCCGAGAUUGCGGCAAAAUACAAAAAGCCAGAAGGAAAUGUCCUCAUAAGAUGGGCUUUACAAAAGGGCUUCGUUGUUCUACCCAAGACCAGCAAGCCCGAUCGAGCUAGAAGCAAUAUGGACCUCUUUUCAUUCCAAAUCGAGGACCAAGAUAUGAAGACACUAGACGGACUCUUCAUGAGCAAAUCAGACCCCACUCAAGAUCCCUACGCGAUUGCUUAA